GACUCUCUCGCGAAUAACAGUAGCAGCUGCAGGUAGAAGUGCACGCGCGUGGCAGCCCCUCGACGUCGACGGACGGCUGAUCUCGUCGAGUCACAGCUGCGGCCUUCCUCUCGGCACACGGGACAGGGCAGGCUUAGGCUCAAGCGGCGUAUCCAUACCAGCGAAGUUAGUUUACCCGACGGCGAGGGAGCGAGGCACGUCGUUGUCGCUCCGCUAAAGCAGCUGCAGUCUGUUGAUUCGUCCGGCUCGAGUGGCUCGACUCUUUCGUUUGUCAUCCUUGUAGGUACUGUACGUGUGUAAAAUCCGUAUUUUGUGCACACGCAGAGUUGUAGGUUGUAUACCAAAAGUUGCGGAUUAUUAACGGAUCGGUCCAUCCAUCGAAAACAGUGCUACUGGUGCUGCUCUCUGUGCUCUCGUGUGUACUCAACUCAUCGGCAGGGGUUCCCCCUGGAUCUGUACAUCACCAGCGGUUAUCUACCAUACAUGUAUACCAACUUAUGUGUCGUGUCGUCUACAUAAUAUAAAACGUAAAAGUGUAAAUAUACACUUAUAUGUGAUUUCGUGCUAUGUGCGUGCGCGAACGUACGUCUCUCUCUCGUACACAGUAAAUAGGAGACUGCUUAGUACGUCUCGUCGUCCGUUGGCUCUCCGUUCGCCUCGUGCGUCCACGCUGCUGCAGAGAGAAAGAAAGAGCGAGAGGAGCCGUUGUAGAUCCCGUCGCCGAGGACAACCGUCCCCGGAGAAAAAGGUGGAGUAGCUUCGAGCCAAACCCGUCACCACGUCGCUUGAUCGUCGUCGUCGUCGUCGUCGUCGUCGUCGUCGUUGUCCUCGCAGGCAGAGGAUAGCAGCAGUCAAGUCUGUCGUUCCACAUAGGCUACGUGUACAUGAAUGGGGACAUUGGGAAGCUCCCACCAGGGGCGGGUUACCCAGCCACCCCUGAUUCCCUGGCAGCAAUUGGUGCUUCUGUUAUAGACUACAGCGUCAUGAACGGUGGAGCAGCUGCUGGCGAACUGAUGCUCGAUACUGGUGUUGGACCACUGGAGCCGUUGCCCCAACUUGCCAUGGGGAUGGGGGGUGCAGUAGGCUAUGCACCCAUUGACAUGGCUCCCCUCAACGAAGUUUCUGCGCCCCCUUCCCAGAUGGGCGAGCAUGCUGGACAAUGCAACAUGCCACUCGAUCAAUUAAAACAAAUGCUCUCUUCUCAACUUGAGUAUUACUUUUCCAGGGAAAAUUUAGCUAAUGAUGCAUAUUUAUUAUCACAAAUGGAUAAUGAUCAAUAUGUACCAAUAUGGACGGUAGCCAAUUUCAAUCAAGUCAAGAAAUUAACAAAAGACAUCAAACUGAUAACAGAGGUGCUGAGGGAGUCACCCAACGUGCAAGUUGAUGAAGAAGGCCAAAAAGUUAGACCAAACCACAAAAGAUGUAUUGUCAUCCUUCGUGAAAUACCAGACAAUACUCCGAUUGAAGAAGUAAAGAAUUUAUUUUCUGGAGAAGGUUGUCCUAGGUUUAUUUCAUGCGAGUUUGCUCAUAACAGUUCAUGGUAUGUUACUUUCGAGUCUGACGAAGAUGCUCAAAGAGCCUAUAGAUUUUUAAGGGAAGAAGUUCGCGAAUUUCAGGGAAAACCAAUAAUGGCACGUAUAAAAGCUAAACCAAUGAAUAGGCUACCGAUACCUACGCCGGUAGCAAAUGUUGGUGGAAUGAAAAAUGGUUACAGAACACCACCCCCGCCACCAGUAUUUGAUCCUAAUACUUAUCAACCUGGUCAGCAGCGCUUUAUUUAUACAAAUGGCACAGCAAUGCCACAAACUGCUAUGCCGCCAUAUCCAAAUCAAGUGCACGUCUACCAUCAACCGUUUUAUCCUACUGGAAUGGUACCGUGGGGCCCGACCAGUCCAGCUUUCUAUGACAUGACUAGCGUUUACACUAUGAAUGGAAUCGCUUCCCAUAGUUCAUUCAAGCCACACAACACCAGAUAUAAUCAAAGAAACAGUAACACUUAUUCAAGAAAUAAGCAAAGAAACGGUCCUGAAAGAAGCGGUCUUAUGGAUGGUGGAGGUAACAUGGUACCUAUGGCAAGAACCUCGCAUCCUCCUUUGAGCGGAGGACCCGUAUCUCUCGGAGUGGCGCCGCAAGCCAUCCCAAAUAUCUUACCUAGUGCAAAACCAAUGUCUUCUACCUAUUCAACUGGCACUAAGUACCAGUCCUCCCAUACCGUACAUUCUGUUGGAGAGCUAGUUCACAGUAACCCUCAUGCCAAUAAAGGGUCUCAGGAAAACGAAAUUCAUCCUCAACAAGACUCGACGUCGCAGUAUCCUCGCCACCGUACGCACCGUAGGACCAAAGAUCCAGAAACGCAGUCCAAAAACAACAGUACCAACAGCAGCAGCAGCAACAGCAAUCCUCUCCCUUCAAUUAGGGAGACUUCGAAUUCUGCCAACACUGCAAGCAGCAGUAACAAUACGCAGCACAACAGGGGGCUCCAGUUUGAUUUAGAAGCAGCAGCUUUUCCGCCACUGCCGGGCCUCGACGUCAAUGCAACAAAGCCACACAACUCUUCUAACGAAAGCACGAAUCCCGACAGCACACAAUCGCAGAAUAGGCUUUCCGAUGUUGUGAAAGGCACCGCGAAGCUUAAGAGCACAAACAAAGAUAAAGAUCAACAGUCACCGGUGCAACAGUCGCAGCAACAGCUGACAGGAACAGUUGUGUCGCCACCACAGUAUCAUCACCAGCCGCACCAGCAACAUCACCCCCAGUCGCAUCAGCAGCAUAAUCCACACUCACGCCACCAUCACCAUCAGCCGCAUCAUCACCAUCACCAACAGCAGCAUCAUCAUUACCAUCAGUCAUCGUCGUCGUCCUCCUCGUCUUCCUCGACGUCUGUGGCAGCAUCGACACUAAGCAGCCACAGCAGCAGGUCGACAAGCCCUGGCAGCCAAUUACAACAGCAUCAUCACCGCCGCACAUCCCCUGAAAAUGUUGCCGGUAGCGUAGCUACCACUGCAGGAACGUCAGUGGCAGCUUCAUCGGCUGCAACAGUGCCAGCGUCCUCGAACCCCAACGCUAAUAGCAGCGCUGACCCGGAAGUCGCCCUCGGCACUGUUACGCUCACUCCCCCGUCAUCUCCCGAUAAGUGAGUGCGAUUAUUCAUAAAAUCACUUUAAAAAAUUUUGCUCGUGCGUGCAUGUUUUAUCUCAUCUACCAGUAAGUAGCCAACUCUUAUCUAUUGAGGGUAGCUACGAUUUUUUCAAACUGUAACAUGCGAACAAUUUUCUAUUGUUUCUAUUGAAAAUAUUUCAUCAUGAUUUAUUUUUAUCAUUGUUAUUAUUCUCUCUUAGUUUAAGCAUGAAAUUUUUUACCAUUUAUUUAUGAUAGAAAAAGAGGGGGUGCAUAUCUAGAAUCAAAACUAAAGUAAAUGUCCUUCCAAACUAAGUCGUAAACUGUAUCUUGAAGUGUGUGCCACGAAAAGUCAAUUUUUUAGUUACUUUAGAUUUAUACAAAAUUCUUUACUUUUGUUGCAGUAAUGUUCUCAUUUUUCGUACAAAUUUUUAUAAAGUUCAAUAUUCUACCUUGGAAUAUUUUUGAUUAAUUCCAAUGAUGUAUGAUAAAUGCCAAUUUACAAAACGUGAGUAAUUUUUUUAAGUACUUGAGAAAUGAGAAUUGUUGCAGGUAUUAUAGUUGAGAACUUGACAAGCUCAUGCAAAAUUCUUUGUUAAAACACAUGCACUUAUGUAACAAUAACACACCAUACAAAGACACAUUGUAUUUGGUUUUGAUAUUCUUUUCUUUUCUCUUUAAAGAUUUUCUUCAGUCACUAAAAACAUAACAACUUUCUUUUUUUUCACUUUGUUUUGUAACGCAAAUUACAAUUAUCUUUUUACUUCGGUUUCACUGAUCUUAGUGUAUUGUUUAAAAUAAUGUCUAUUAACUGAGACAAUUCAUUGAAAUAGUCAAAUUUCUUUAUUACAACGAUGAGUCUAUUUAAGGGUCGUAUUUUUAAGAAUUUAGUUUUAAUACAUUUUUAAUAUUGAUACAUAUACGUGUAUAUAAGUUGACUGACGUUUUGAGCAUGCAAGUAGUUAUUCAGCAGAUGGAUAUAAAUACGUUAAAACGUCAUAUUCAUAGUCAUUUUAUACUAUUUCGAUAAAUUAAUUGAAUUGACUGAUAGACAAGGCUCAAUAUUUGAAAGUGUCAAGAAAAUGCAAUAUUUGACCAAACUAAUAAUAAAUUAAUUAUUCUAUGUAGCAUGUUAAUUCAUAAUUCACUUUCUCUGUUUACUCAUCUUGGUUAUGAUUAACAACCAAGUUUACAAUUAAAAUACGCUGGAUUCAAUAACCUAUUAGUAACGUUAUAAAUAUAAAUAUAAAACAGUUGAAUUAUGACUGCCAUUGUCAAUAAGAUAUUUAAAAAAUCCAUUGUUGUUGAACUUAAUUCUAAGUAACUUCCGAGAUUUGUCAAGUCUAAAACACUUAAGUAUGUUUUUUUUUUUUUUUUUUUCCACGUUUGAGCAUACUUACAUGAGAUGUAUUUGCAUGUGAAGCUUGUCAUAUGUACAAUAUAUUGAAGUAGAUUAAAAAAUGUGCAGGCACAUGACAUUAAGCCUGGAGAAUGCUGAAUUCUUGUUCGAAAAAGUGCAUUGUAUUAACAUGUUUGGUGGGUGCUUUCAUAUUUUGUACAUUUAAUAAAUCCUAUCCACUUUUCGUUUAUUAAAUA